AUGGCUGAUAAUGCGCACCACCCAGCAGCUGAGGACGCUCAGGCGGAUGACGAUUCAUCUUCCUUUGCUGCCUCUUCUGUUGACGAAUCUCUAGUGUCUUGGCGAUCUAGUAUUCUUGACUAUCGGCGAGAGAACGGGCGUACAUAUCAUCGGCUUAGCGAUGGGAAGUAUCUGCUCCCCAAUGACGAGGCCCUUGGCGUCGACCUCAGUCCAAUCCAACCCGACUUGAGUCUCGAACCCGGGGGCUACCUCGAGCUCCACGACCAUAUGCUCCCUCUCAAGUGUCAAGAUGGCACCAUGACGGAAGACUUCAAGCCUUACAAGUGGAAUAAACUGCUCAUUGAGGCUACGAACCAAAUAGGUCGGCCGAUCAACGUCCCCUCCACCUUCAAGCAGAUGCUAGAGGACGCCGGAUUCGUGGACGUUGAAGAGAGGGUCGUGACAUGGUCCUUCAACCCGUGGCCUAAGGACCCGAAACUUCGGGACAUUGGCUUCUGGGCCCAGGAGACCGCACUGGCUGGGAUCGGGGCAGUCUCGAUGGCUCUCUUCACACGGGUUCUCGAUUGGUCUCCGGAGGAAGCAUGGGUUUUCUGUGCCGAGGUCAGGAACGAGCACAAAAAGGUUGGAGUUCAUGCUUACUAUAACGUGUAUGGAGUCUGGGGCCGGAAGCCCGAGGAGGAGAAGGACGGGAAUCCAGAAGCGGGCCAGGCAUAA